UGGGGGACACAGCUGUGGGGACAGGGGGACACAAGUGGGGGACACAAGGGGACAUUUGGGGGACACGAGCGGGGGGCACAGGCAGGCAGGGGGACACGGAGGGGACAGGGGACACAGCCGGGGGUGUGACAAAAAGUGGGGGACAGAGUUGGGGGUCAGCAGGACACAAGCAGGGGACACGGGGGCUGAGGGGACGGGGGACACGAGUGGGGGACAAAGUGACACAGAGCUGGGGACACGAGCGCAGCACGCAACGAGACACGGGUGACACGGGAGGGGACACAGCCGGGGACACCGCGAGACGCGGGUGACACGGGAGGGGACACAGCCGGGGACACCGCGAGACGCGGGUGACACGGGAGGGGACACAGCCGGGGACACCGCGAGACGCGGGUGACACUGACGCACAUCUGGGGACACGAGGAGGCAGAAUCGGGGACAAAUUUGGGGUUACAGUGACACAAGAAAGGACACAGCGAGAGAGAGACGGGGACAAAAGCGGGGACACGGCGACGCACAGCCGAGGACACAACCACGGUGCCACAGCCCAAAAACGGGGACAAAACGGUGACAAAACCAGGGGACAACGACGCCAGGGCCACAACAGCCACGGCCGGGUGUAGCAGGGACCCUGCCCGGGGUGUGUGGGGGGGUUCAGGUGUCACCGUGCCCUCGGUGUCACCUCAUGUGGCGUUGUCACCGUGGUGGGGGGUGUUGCGUGUCCGGCUGUGCCGUGUGGGGCUGUCACUCGGUGUCACACUCGUGUCACGGGUCACGUUGUGUGUCCGGCUGUGCCACGUGGGGCUGUGUCAGGUUGUACCUUUGGGCUGUACCUCAGACUGUGUCACACUCGUGUCACCUGUCACGUUUGUCAUGUUUUGUGCCCGAUUGUGCCACGUGGGGCUGUCACACGAUUUCGGGUUGUGUCACUCGGUGUCACACUCGUGUCACGGGUCACGUUGUGUGUCCGGCUGUGCCACGUGGGGCUGUGUCAGAUUGUACCUUUGGGCUGUACCUCAGACUGUGUCACACUCGUGUCACCUGUCACGUUUGUCCCGUUGUGUGUCUGGCUGUGCCGUGUGGGGUUGUCACGCUGUGUCACACGGUGUCACAGUCGUGUCACGUUGUGUGUCACGGGUCAGGCUGUGCCUUUGGGCUGUGCCUCAGACUGCGUCACACUCGUGACGCCUGUCACCUCGCGUGUCCGGCUGUGCCGUGCUCACGCCAUGGCCCGGUGACGCCCUGUGACAUCACCCCUCCCCCGGUGACACGGGGAAACUCCCCCCACUCCUGACCCCAAAAUCCCCCCCUGCUCCCCAAAUUUCUCCUUUUCUGCCCCUAAAUCCCCCCCAAGCCCUCGUGCUCCCCACAAAACAACGUUUUCCUUCCCCCCAAUCCCCCCUCUCUGCCACUCUGCCCCCAAAUUCCCCUUUCUUGCCAUAAUUGUUCCCAAAACCUCCUGCUCCUGCUGGAUACCCCUCCCUGACCUCCAAACACCAAAAUUCUCCUUUUUUUUUCUCCAGUUAUGGCCCCGUGGUCCUGCCUGCCUUUCCAAAACUCUCCUCAAAUAUUAUUUUACUGCUCCAGUUGUUCCCCCAAACCCGACUGCUGCCCCAAAACACCCCAAACCCCCCUCCUGUCCCUCUAGAUCCCCCUCCUUGUCUGCAAUUGCGCCCAAACGCUCCUGCCUCUAUAAAUGCCCCUUUCCUACCCCGAUUAUAGCCCCACACCCCUCCUGCUCUGCCAACAACCCCCUGCUCCCCCAACCCCUCCUGCCCCCUCAAAUUUCCCCUUCCUGCUCCUAAAAUACUCCUCCAAUAGCGCUGCCCCUCGCCCGGCCCCUUCCCCACCACCCCUCCGGAACAGGCCCCAAAGCCUCGGCCUUUCCCAGCGGCCACAGCCGGGUCGGGAGCGCCGGGAGCGGCCGGGCCGGGCGGGCGAGGCCGGGGCUGCGCAGGCCGCGGCUGGAGCGGUGCUUCGCCCAUUUCCGGCACCGUCCGCCUUUGCUUCGACAUCUUUCGUCAGAUAUUCGGAUAUUUCCGGUCUUUUCCGCUCAUGCUUCGGCAUCUUUCGAUAACUUCCGCCAAUACUUCGGCCAGUUCCGUCUCUUUCCGUCAGCGUUCGGCCACCGCCGGUUAACUUCGAUCAUUUCCGUCAUUCUCCGGAGUCCCUUCGGCGAUCUCCGCCCACUUCCGUUAGUACUUCGGAAAUCUCCGUCAAUCUCCGCCAGCUUCUGAGGUCACUUCGUCAGCCUCCCUCCGCCCCCGCGAUCUCUCGGCUCUCCGCCUCAGGGGGGCGGCGCUUUUAAAAUAAAUUAUUCAUGAACCGAUCCCACCGUGCUGGAAGCGGGGUUGGGGGUUACGGUCCGACGACGGCGCGUCCCAUGAGGGCUUCACGGAGCAGCCGGCGACUCCCUGCCCCUUCCCCGCUCCUCGCUCGCCUCACGGACCGUGACGGGACUCGUCUCUCCCUUUCUUUCCCGCGCCUCCCCCUUUUGCCUGUGAGGCGCUUGGUACGCUCCGGUCACGCCCCCUCCGGCGGCUCGCGGGGGCCGAGGCUAUAUAAGGCGGCGCCGGUGCCUCACAACGCUCAGUCGCGCCUUGAGCGCGGAGCGGCCGGAGCGGAGAAGGGGAAGCUCCGCACCGCGGGCUCUGUGAGGCGCCGGUUCCCGGUUCCCCGGUGGGGUUCAAACUCCCCGCUCCCUCAACCCCUCCGUGAAGGGGUCGGUUCCGAACAGUCGGAGCGGCGCGAGGCCGCGGCCCCACCGGCGCCAUGCACGGCGGGCCGCCCUCGGGCGACAGCGCCUGCCCGCUGCGCACCAUCAAACGAGUCCAGUUCGGGAUCCUCAGCCCCGAUGAGAUGAAACGGAUGUCGGUGACCGAGGGGGGCAUCAAGUACCCCGAAACCACCGAGGGGGGACGCCCCAAACUGGGGGGGCUCAUGGACCCCCGGCAGGGCGUCAUUGAGAGGACGGGGCGCUGCCAGACCUGUGCUGGGAACAUGACGGAGUGUCCGGGCCACUUUGGCCACAUCGAGCUGGCCAAGCCCGUGUUCCACGUGGGCUUUUUGGGCAAAACCAUGAAAAUCCUGCGCUGCGUCUGCUUCUUCUGCUCCAAGCUGCUCGUGGACUCGAACAACCCCAAGAUCAAGGACAUCCUGGGCAAGUCCAAGGGGCAGCCCAAGAAGAGGCUGACCCACGUCUACGACCUGUGCAAGGGCAAGAACAUCUGCGAGGGGGGCGAGGAGAUGGACCACAAGUUUGGGGUGGAGCAGCCCGAGGGCGACGAGGACCUCACCAAGGAGAAGGGCCACGGCGGCUGCGGGCGGUACCAGCCGCGCAUCCGCCGCUCGGGGCUGGAGCUCUACGCCGAGUGGAAGCACGUCAACGAGGACUCGCAGGAGAAGAAGAUCCUGCUGAGCCCCGAGCGCGUGCACGAGAUCUUCAAGCGCAUCUCGGACGAGGAGUGCUUCGUGCUGGGCAUGGACCCCAAAUUCGCCCGGCCCGAGUGGAUGGUGUGCACCGUGCUGCCCGUGCCGCCGCUGUCCGUGCGCCCGGCCGUGGUCAUGCAGGGCUCUGCCCGCAACCAGGAUGACCUGACCCACAAGCUGGCCGACAUCGUCAAGAUCAACAACCAGCUGCGGCGCAACGAGCAGAACGGGGCGGCCGCGCACGUCAUCGCCGAGGACGUCAAGCUGCUGCAGUUCCACGUGGCCACCAUGGUGGACAACGAGCUGCCCGGCCUGCCCCGGGCCAUGCAGAAGUCGGGGCGCCCCCUGAAGUCCCUGAAGCAGCGGCUGAAGGGGAAGGAGGGUCGGGUUCGGGGCAACCUCAUGGGGAAACGCGUGGAUUUCUCCGCCCGCACCGUCAUCACCCCCGACCCCAACCUGGCCAUCGACCAGGUGGGCGUGCCGCGCUCCAUCGCCGCCAACAUGACCUUCGCCGAGAUCGUCACCCCCUUCAACAUCGACAGGCUGCAGGAGCUGGUGCGCAGGGGGAACAGUCAGUACCCGGGGGCCAAGUACAUCAUCAGGGACAACGGGGACAGGAUCGACCUCCGCUUCCACCCCAAACCCAGCGACCUCCACCUGCAGAUCGGGUACAAGGUGGAGCGUCACAUGUGCGACGGGGACAUCGUCAUCUUCAACCGGCAGCCCACCCUGCACAAGAUGUCCAUGAUGGGUCACAGGGUCAGGAUCCUGCCCUGGUCCACCUUCCGCCUGAAUCUGAGUGUCACCACGCCCUACAACGCCGACUUUGACGGCGACGAGAUGAACCUGCACCUGCCGCAGUCGCUGGAGACGCGGGCGGAGAUCCAGGAGCUGGCCAUGGUGCCCAGGAUGAUCGUCACCCCCCAGAGCAACCGGCCCGUCAUGGGCAUCGUGCAGGACACGCUGACGGCCGUGCGCAAGUUCACCAAGAGGGACGUCUUCCUGGAGAGGGGCGAGGUGAUGAACCUGCUGAUGUUCCUGUCCACGUGGGACGGCAAGGUGCCCCAGCCGGCCAUCCUGAAGCCGCGGCCGCUCUGGACAGGGAAGCAGAUCUUCUCCCUGAUCAUCCCCGGCCACAUCAACUGCAUCCGCACCCACAGCACCCACCCCGAUGACGAGGACAGCGGCCCCUACAAGCACAUCUCCCCCGGGGACACCAAGGUGAUCGUGGAGAACGGGGAGCUCAUCAUGGGCAUCCUGUGCAAGAAGUCCCUGGGGACGUCGGCCGGGUCCCUGGUGCACAUCUCCUACCUGGAGAUGGGCCACGACACCACGCGGCUCUUCUACAGCAACAUCCAGACCGUCAUCAACAACUGGCUGCUCAUCGAGGGUCACACCAUCGGCAUCGGGGACUCCAUCGCUGACGCCAAGACCUACCAGGACAUCCAGAACACCAUCAAGAAGGCCAAGCAGGAUGUCAUUGAGGUGAUCGAGAAGGCCCACAACAACGAGCUGGAGCCCACCCCAGGCAACACCUUGCGCCAGACCUUUGAGAACCAGGUGAACCGGAUCCUCAACGACGCCCGUGACAAGACCGGCUCCUCUGCCCAGAAAUCCCUCUCCGAGUACAACAACUUCAAAUCCAUGGUGGUCUCGGGGGCCAAGGGCUCCAAGAUCAACAUCUCCCAGGUGAUCGCGGUGGUGGGGCAGCAGAACGUGGAGGGCAAGCGGAUCCCGUUCGGCUUCAAGCACCGGACGCUGCCGCACUUCAUCAAGGACGACUACGGCCCCGAGAGCCGCGGCUUCGUGGAGAACUCCUACCUGGCCGGCCUCACCCCCACCGAGUUCUUCUUCCACGCCAUGGGCGGCCGCGAGGGCCUCAUCGACACGGCCGUGAAGACGGCCGAGACCGGGUACAUCCAGCGGCGGCUGAUCAAGUCCAUGGAGUCGGUGAUGGUCAAGUACGACGCCACCGUCAGGAACUCCAUCAACCAGGUGGUGCAGCUGCGCUACGGCGAGGACGGGCUGGCCGGCGAGAGCGUCGAGUUCCAGAACCUGGCCACCCUCAAACCCUCCAACAAGGCCUUCGAGAAGAAGUUCAAGUUCGACUACACCAACGAGCGGGCGCUGCGCCGGACGCUGCAGGAGGAGCUGGUCAAGGACAUCCUGUCCAACGCCCACAUCCAGAACGAGCUGGAGCGCGAGUUCGACCGCAUGCGCGAGGACAGGGAGGUCCUCAGGGUCAUCUUCCCCACCGGGGACAGCAAGGUGGUCCUCCCCUGUAACCUGCUCCGCAUGAUCUGGAACGCGCAGAAGAUCUUCCACAUCAACUCCCGGCUGCCCUCGGACCUGCACCCGGUCAAGGUGGUGGAGGGGGUGAAGGAGCUGAGCCGCAAGCUGGUGAUCGUCAACGGGGAGGACCCCCUGAGCCGGCAGGCGCAGGAGAACGCGACGCUGCUCUUCAACAUCCACCUGCGCUCCACGCUCUGCAGCCGCCGCAUGGUGGAGGAGUUCCGGCUCAGCGGGGAGGCCUUCGACUGGCUGCUGGGGGAGAUCGAGUCCAAGUUCAACCAGGCCAUCGCCCACCCCGGUGAGAUGGUGGGCGCGCUGGCCGCGCAGUCCCUGGGCGAGCCGGCCACGCAGAUGACCCUCAACACCUUCCACUACGCGGGGGUGUCGGCCAAGAACGUCACCCUGGGCGUGCCCCGCCUCAAGGAGCUCAUCAACAUCUCCAAGAAGCCCAAGACGCCGUCGCUCACCGUGUUCCUGCUGGGCCAGAGCGCCCGCGACGCUGAGCGCGCCAAGGACAUCCUGUGCCGCCUGGAGCACACCACGCUGCGCAAGGUGACGGCCAACACCGCCAUCUACUACGACCCCAACCCUCAGAGCACGGUGGUGGCCGAGGACCAGGAGUGGGUCAACGUCUACUACGAGAUGCCCGACUUCGACGUCAGCCGCAUCUCGCCGUGGCUGCUGCGCGUCGAGCUCGACCGCAAGCACAUGACCGACCGCAAGCUCACCAUGGAGCAGAUCGCCGAGAAGAUCAACGCCGGCUUUGGUGACGACCUCAACUGCAUCUUCAACGACGACAACGCCGAGAAGCUGGUGCUGCGCAUCCGCAUCAUGAACAGCGACGAGAACAAGAUGCAGGAGGAGGAGGAGGUGGUGGACAAGAUGGACGACGACGUCUUCCUGCGCUGCAUCGAGUCCAACAUGCUGACGGACAUGACCCUGCAGGGCAUCGAGCAGAUCAGCAAGGUGUACAUGCACCUGCCGCAGACGGACAACAAGAAGAAGAUCAUCAUCACCGAGGACGGGGAGUUCAAGGCUCUCCAGGAGUGGAUCCUGGAGACCGACGGCGUCAGCCUCAUGCGGGUGCUGAGCGAGAAGGACGUGGACCCCGUGCGCACGACCUCCAACGACAUCGUGGAGAUCUUCACCGUUUUGGGGAUCGAGGCGGUGCGGAAGGCGCUGGAGCGGGAGCUCUACCACGUCAUCUCCUUCGACGGCUCCUACGUCAACUACCGGCACCUGGCGCUGCUGUGCGACACCAUGACCUCGCGGGGACACCUGAUGGCCAUCACCCGGCACGGCGUCAACCGCCAGGACACCGGGCCCCUCAUGAAGUGCUCCUUCGAGGAGACGGUCGACGUCCUGAUGGAGGCAGCUGCGCACGGGGAGAGUGACCCCAUGAAGGGCGUGUCCGAGAACAUCAUGCUGGGCCAGCUGGCCCCGGCCGGCACCGGCUGCUUCGAUCUCCUGCUGGACGCCGAGAAGUGCAAGCACGGCAUGGAGAUCCCCAGCGCCCUGCCCGGCCUCGGCGUCGGCGGCCCCACCGGGAUGUUCUUCGGCUCGGCCCCCAGCCCCAUGGGGGGGAUGUCCCCGGCCAUGACCCCCUGGAACCAGGGGGCCACCCCGGCCUACGGCGCCUGGUCGCCCAGCGUGGGCAGCGGGAUGACCCCGGGCGGGGCCGGGUUCUCCCCCAGCGCCGCCUCCGACGCCUCCGGCUUCAGCCCCGGCUACUCCCCGGCCUGGUCACCCACGCCCGGCUCGCCGGGGUCACCCGGCCCCUCCAGCCCCUACAUCCCCUCCCCCGGUGGGGCCAUGUCCCCCAGCUACAGCCCGACGUCCCCCGCCUACGAGCCGCGGUCGCCGGGGGGCUACACCCCACAGAGCCCCAGCUACAGCCCCACCUCUCCCAGCUACAGCCCCACCUCGCCCAGCUACAGCCCCACCUCGCCCAACUACAGCCCCACCUCGCCCAGUUACAGCCCCACCUCUCCCAGUUACAGCCCGACCUCGCCCAGUUACAGCCCCACGUCCCCGAGCUACAGCCCCACGUCCCCGAGCUACAGCCCGACCUCCCCCAGCUAUAGCCCCACCUCGCCCAGCUACAGCCCAACCUCGCCCAGUUACAGCCCGACGUCUCCCAGUUACAGCCCCACCUCCCCCAGUUACAGCCCCACCUCGCCGAGCUACAGCCCCACUUCUCCCAGUUACAGCCCCACUUCUCCCAGUUACAGCCCGACCUCGCCCAGUUACAGCCCAACCUCGCCCAGUUACAGCCCCACCUCGCCCAACUACAGCCCGACCAGCCCCAACUACACCCCGACGUCUCCCAGUUACAGCCCCACCUCUCCCAGUUACAGCCCCACCAGCCCCAACUACACCCCGACCUCGCCCAACUACAGCCCCACCUCGCCCAGUUACAGCCCCACUUCCCCCAGUUACAGCCCCACCUCUCCCAGUUACUCCCCAUCCAGCCCCCGCUACACCCCGCAGUCGCCCACCUACACCCCCAGCAGCCCCAGUUACAGCCCCAGCAGCCCCAGUUACAGCCCCACGUCCCCCAAGUACACCCCGACCAGCCCCAGCUACAGCCCCAGCUCCCCCGAGUACACCCCGACCUCGCCCAAGUACAGCCCCACCUCCCCCAAGUACAGCCCCACCUCGCCCAAGUACAGCCCCACCUCGCCCACCUACAGCCCCACCACGCCCAAGUACAGCCCCACCUCGCCCACCUACAGCCCCACCUCGCCCGUCUACACCCCGACGUCGCCCAAGUACAGCCCCACCUCGCCCACCUACAGCCCCACCUCGCCCAAGUACAGCCCCACCUCGCCCACCUACAGCCCCACGUCGCCCAAGGGCUCCACGUACAGCCCCACGUCCCCCGGCUACAGCCCCACGUCGCCCACCUACAGCCUCACCAGCCCGGCCAUCAGCCCCGACGACAGCGACGACGACAACUGAGGGGCGGCCUGUGGGGACGGGGGUGUCACCCCCCAAAACCCCCGCCCCAGGCCGUGGGGGUGACCCCCAGCUCGACACGGGGUCGGGGUUGUUGUUGCUCCCCAACACCCCCAGCUCGACACGGGGACGGGGUUGUUGUCACCCCCAAACCCCGCAGGCCAUGGGGGUGACCCCAAAAUUGAUUUGGGGAUGCGGUGGUUGUCACCCCCCGAACCCCCACAGGGAUACGGGGUCGGGAGUGUCACCCCCUGAACCCCCAGAUUCUGAUGGGCUCGGGGUUGUUGUCACCCCCAAACCCCACAGGCCUCGGGGGUGACCCCAAAAUUGACACGGGAGCAGCAGCGUCACCCCCACACUGAAACGGGGUCGGGGGUGUCACCCCCCCAAAAACCCAAAACAGGCCGUGGGGGUGACCCCAGUAUCCAACGACAACGGGGCUGUCACCCCCAAAUGGAAAUGGGCUGGGGGUUGUCACCCCCAAACCCCCAAGUUCUGGUGGGGACAGGGCUGUUGUCACCCCCCAGGUCCCCACGGGCUGUUGGGGUGACCCUGAAAUUGGGGUGACACCGAAGGGUGGUGAUGGCUAAAUUUGGGGUCACCCCUAAGUUGGGGUCACCCCCAAAGUUGGAGAGACCCUCAGGUUUGAGGGGGAACCCCUGGACUGAACUUGACCCCAAAGUUCAGAGGGGGCAACCCCCAAACUGGGGCUGACCCCCAAACUGGGGGGGAUCCCUAAACUGGGGGGGGGACCCCUAAAUUGGGGUGAAACCCUUAAAUUGGGGGGGUUGAUCCCCAAACCAAGCUCUGACCCUUAAAUUUGGGGUGACCCCCAAGUCGAGGGUGACCCCCAAGUUAGGGGUGACCCCCCAGUUGGGGUGGGGGCAGGUGUGGGAGCCCCCCCCCAUUUUGGGGGGUGCCGGUGGGGGGUUGUAAUUUAUGGGGUUCAUUAAUGAGG